CCCUGCCCGGACGAAGGCGCGCGGUUUGAAUUGGUGUUAUGCUGGGGUUCCCUUGCAAGCUGUUUCCAUUGCUGGGACUUCACAACACUGCAGGGCCUGGUCCGUUGAAUAUAGAGUUAGUGGGCUCAUGCAUACGGAAACACACGUGUGUAUAGAUCUAGGUAGCAUUUUCCCUCAAGGAACCAUAAAGGAUGGCUGGUGCAGAGCUGGAAGAUUUAUGCUCUCAUAUCAAUGAAAAAAUUUCCCAUGUUAAGAAAAUUCUGCAAUUAAAAAACAUAGGACAUGAUCCAGCCUUAAAGACUGUAUUUCAGAAAAUUAGACAUGAAAUGACUCUUCUAAAUGACCUUUUAAACAAGUUGGAGUUGGAGGUUCAAUAUCAAGAACAUGUCAGGAAUUCACUUAGGGAGUUACAAGAAUCCCUUGAUGGAAAUUACAAAGAAAUAAAUAACCUUAAGGAAAAUAUUCCUCCCCAUUUGCCCAAAGUAGUCCAGACCUGUGUAGUGGAACCAAACGUUAAUUCUGAAAAACAAGUUAAAAUUACAGCAUCCAAACACCCAAAGAAACCCCAAAAAGAGCAAAAACCAAUCAAAGAAAUUUUACUAAUAACUUCUGAUGAAUUCGAUAAUGUACCUGCUUAUAUGAAAUCUCGUCUGACAUAUUGUCAAAUUAAUGAUUUUAUUAAAGAAAUCAACAAGGCAGUGGCUAGUAAAUAUAGAAUCCUAAAUUUGCCAAAAAAAUCUAUGAAUCCUUCUAUCAGAAAUCUGUGUGACAGAUUCAUUGAAGAUGAAAACAAGGAUACCAAAGGCCAAUACUUUGUAGUAGAAGCUGAUAUAAAGGAGUUCACCAAUUUGAAAGUUGACAAGCGGUUUCAUGUGAUACUGAACAUUUUAAGGCACUGCCGACGACUCUCAGAAGUCCGUGGAGGAGGACUUGUCCGUUACGUUAUAAAUUAAGAAGUUUUGACAAUUUCACUGACAUUAUUGCAUAGACUGUUUUGUAAUUCCUAGUUCAUAAUCUGUUUUCAUUAGCUUCUUUAAUUUGUUCUUCACUUAAUAAAACUUUAAUUUGUUCUGCACUUAAUAAAUAUACUGUUGGUCAUAAGGAAGACUAGCCAGGUAAAAAUAUAUACCAUUGCUACCACCUAAAAGCAAAACAGAUUAAUCCACUCUUGAUUCAUUUAUUUAAUGGUGUCCUUUUCUUAUGUGAAGAUAGGUUAUUAUUA